GGGAAGUGCUGUGACAGCAGUCGCAAAGAUGGAGGGAAACUGGUUGGUUCUCGUGGUUCUGGUGCUGUCUACAGUCACGUGUUCUUUGGGAGAGGAUGAGUUCGCAUGUCACGGCAAGUUGCUGCUGUCUCAUGUGUUGUGCCGGUACGCGGCCAAGUCGCCUGCUUCUCUUUUGCCCUCCGACUGCUCAAAGGAACUAUUCGGGGUCAAGCCGAACGAGAUAACACAGCUGGGCAGGGACCAGGCGUGGGAGGUGGGCGCCAGCCUCAAGGACCACUUCGCCGGCUUCUUGCCCGACGUCUACAGCAGCGAGGACGUGAAGCUCCGGACCAGCGACGAGGACUUCACGCACAUCUCCCUCGCGGCAGUCAUGAAGGGGAUCUUCGGACCCACGGCGCCGGCAAAGGAGCUGAAGGUGUACUACCAGCACGUGCCCGGGUACACGCAGCCCUUGGACAUCGACCUGCUGCUGCCGAUGGUCCGAUCGCCAUGCCCAGGCUUCCGGGCGGAGCUGGACCGGAUCACCAACUCCACGGAGUACCAGAAAUUCAUGCACCAAAUGGCCUACCUCGAGGAGUUCUCCAGAAGCGUUAGCGGACUCUCCGCCAUAGAACUCUACGACAACCUCGAGUCCAAGGCCUACCACGGCUUGCCGCUGCCUGACUUGUGUCACAAGGUGUUCCCUGCCUUGACCAGUUACGUCGCCGGGAGCCUGUACUUCAAUGUCGCCAGCACCGAGCGACUGCGCAGGAUGUACCACGGUCGCUACAUGCAAGACGUGGCGGGACACAUGGUCAAGAAGAUAAAGGGAACUCUGAAGCCUGACAGGAAGGUGUUCGUGUACGGCGGCCACGCUGCAAAUGUGUUGGCACAUUUGGCAGCGAUGGAAGUGUGGGAUGGCCAAAUACCGUCCUACUCGGCGUGCGUGAAUGUCGAGCUGCGACUCAAACACAAGAAUGAAUACGUUGUCACGGUGUCGUACAGGAACGACACGAGCCAGCCGGCCCGCCUGCUGAAGCUGCCCAAGUGCAGCUGCGUCGCCUGCCCCUUGGACGAGUUCCUCCAGGCCACUGACGCGGAGGUCCUCAACAUGCACGAGUGCCUGGGCCAGCCGCUGCCGCCCACGCCGCCCGGAGUCCCGCCGCCGGGGACCCGACUCCUGCCUCUCCUGCCCGAGUUCGUGAUUCCGGUGACCAAUGAUUUGCAUUCUUACCCCAGGUGCGUAUAAGGAGAACUUUGAUAUGAGAUUGUAAUUAAGAAUAUAAUUGUUUUUUUAUCAUAAUAUUUGACUAAUAUAUUGCAUGUCCUGUUAUUUAUAAUAUCACAAAAAUACAUGUGAAGUAACUAUAGGGAGGGCUGUUGUAACUACCUGCAAUAUUUAUUUA